GCACGUCACUAUUCACUAUGCAAAUUCCACUCAUCAGCAGUCGUACGUAAACAUGUGGAGUGUUGUGUAGCUAUAUAAAGAUGGUGUAAGAUAACUUGCUCUUAUUUUAAAAACAUUACUUGAAAUGUUAUCAGUAAAUAGUACUUAAAAAGGAACAAGUACUUAAUAACAAUAAAAAUGAUACCUGGCUACGGUGCAGUGACCCAAGCCCUUUUGGGAACCCUCUUGACGUGGGGUCUUACAGCUGUAGGCGCCGGUUGUGUAUUUUUUAUCAGAGGGAAACAUAGGAAGUUACUUGAUGUAUCACUUGGGUUUGCUGCGGGGGUUAUGACUGCAGCAUCGUACUGGUCCCUAUUAGAGCCUGCUAUAGAAAUGUGUAAAACCUCUGGAACAUAUGGAGAAGAAGGACAAUAUGCAUUCGUUCCAGUUGCAGCAGGAUUUUUAUUUGGUGCUGUCUUUGUGUUUGGAACAGAUAAAUUUUUGGAUUAUCUGGGAAUCAAUUCAACGAACAUGAUGAUAACAAUAACAAAGAGCAAAGAUUCUAAAGAGAAGCUGGAAGAUUUGGAGAUGAUGACUGCUCUGAACCAGCGGCCGUCGAACCCGACGAGCGUGGUGACGCUGGAGCAGCCGGCGGAGUUCGCGGACUGCAUCAGCAACCAGCACACAGCACAGCGCAGGCGGCCUCACCACCAUUCUCACCUCUCAUUGAAAGGGGGCGAAGGUGAUGUAGACGAGCGUCGAGAUAGCGUGGCGCGGGCGCUGGAGGCGCGGCAGUCGCAGUGGAAGCGCAUCAUGUUGCUGGUGGUGGCCAUCACUGUCCACAACAUCCCCGAGGGUCUCGCUGUAGGCGUGUCCUUCGGCGCCGCCGCUUCCUCCGCUGAAGCAUCAUUCUACAGCGCGAGAAAUUUGGCGCUCGGCAUCGGGAUUCAGAAUUUCCCCGAGGGCCUCGCCGUCAGCUUGCCUCUCCAAGCCGCAGGGUUUUCAGUUUGGAGAGCUUUUUGGUACGGGCAGCUGUCCGGAAUGGUUGAGCCCGUAUUCGGCGUGCUGGGCGCGGUAGCCGUGUCUGCGGCGCGGCCAGUGCUGCCAUACGCGCUCGCCUUUGCAGCUGGUGCUAUGAUAUACGUAGUGGCUGACGAUAUUAUUCCAGAGGCAAACGCAUCUGGUAACGGCAAGUUAGCGACGUGGGGCUGCAUUAUCGGCUUCGUGGUGAUGAUGUGUCUCGACGUGGGUCUCGGCUAAGUCCGCUCCUGACCCAGCACUACCUACGACCACCAGCGCAACGGACAACCCUACGUUUACUCUACCAAAGUAUCAUUUCCCAUAUUAAAUAACCAAACAAAUUGUAAAUAUGUAAAUGCUAGUUAGGAUGUUAAGAUUGCUGGACAUGAUUGUGUGAUAUAGCUACACGAAUACCUCUAACAAGUCGCACAAAGCGAGCUGCAAUGAGAUCGAUUGACUGAUGUGUCUUAGAAAUUGUUCGUUAAAAUUCUGUAAUAGAAGCGGAAACAAAACUAUCUACUAUAUAAAAUAACAUUCGAUUAAAAAUGCAUAAAACUGGCAAUAAUUUCUUCUUUUCUUUUUAGAUGUUUUGAUGAUUCUAUUAACGAUAUUUCUAAUCGAAUGUUACUUUGUCUAGGGCUGUGUAGUGUUUGUCGAACAAAAGCAAAUUGUGUUGAUCUCUCGGUCCCAUUGUUCAAAUGUUAAUCCAUAGUUCAAUUCUGAGUAUUCCAAAUUGUUAAGAGUACAAGAUUCGUUCUUACCAUUAAGGUAUACGUAAGUUUUAUUGUUUAUUUAUUAAUUUUAUUUGACCAUGUUUCAAUUCUUGUAGUAUGUAAUGACAAUGAAGUAAUUACAUUAGUGACUAGCUGUUCCCGUGCGGGUUCAUCCGCAUGAAAUUAUAAAAACUUCAUUUAUGACAACAAAGGCCUUUGACAUUGGAUAACAAUAAACAUUAUAUGUAUAUUAUGGCAACCUUUCUACCUUGAUGUUGGUAGUUUCAAAUUUAUGGUCACUUUAUCACAUGAAGUUUUUUCCAAUUUAUUUACUUCCUACGUUUAAUAGCGUGAAAAUAUAUAGACUAAAGCGUGUCGUGCAUGAAGGGUCUUUUUAUUAAAAGAAGAAUUAUUUAAAAAUAUGCUGUGAUGACAUCCUACGCCAAGAAAUAGUGCGUGUUUACGCUUUAUUAUAUUAGUAUAGAUAUUGCAAUACUUGUCAAUUUCCAUUUAAUGUUUUUAAGUUAAUUAUUAUAAUGUCAAAUUAACUGUAAUUAUUAUAACAAAGUAAUUUAUUCCUAUAGACAAUAAUUUAGUUUGAAUUAUUAAAAUGGUUAUUAAGUUUUUUAAAUUGGCAUUGUAUGUAAUUGACGGAUUAUUUACUACUUAAGAAAAAUUAUAUUAUUUCUAUGUAAUAUUUUUCUAUUGAAAUAUAACGUUAUGAUACCAA